UCUAUAGAUAUAACAACAGAUAAUAUAAAAUUGUUGACAAUGAUGAGAUCACAUUUACUUUUGAUGUUGGCCCUGUUUGUCAGCGUUGCAUUAUCAUAUGAUUGUGCUGACCCUUGUUAUGGAAACAUGUGUUGUUCAAUUCCAUCCAACAACCAAUACUAUUUAACAUCAUUCUGUGAUGAGUCCACUGCAUGUGGACCGGGUUGUUCUUCGACCACUUACUUCUCUGCUGAUUCUCAACGUUUUGGUUGUGGAGUCUACCUGACAAUCUGUGCCACAGGAGGUGGUGGAACAUCAGGCUCCUCAUCCUCUUCAUCCGGUACCAGUGGAUCAAGUGGAACUUCCUCCUCUGGCUCCUCAUCUGGUGGUUCGUCCUCAGGUGGUUCAUCUGGUAGCUCGUCAGGAGGUUCCUCAGGUACUUCAUCCUCAGGAGGUUCUGGAUCAAGCUCUGGCACUGCCAAUGAGGAGGAUUUCGGAAAUGCAUUCUAUGGAACUUGUGUCAAGGUUGUCACAAUUGAUGCAGGACCCAACAUCGAGGUUGAACAAGAAGCAGGUAUGCCAAUCAUUGAUGCCUCCCCACAGACUUGCCAAGACCUCUUCGGAUCAGAUUCAUGUGGAUGGAGUGACCAUGAUCCAAUCUCGGCUGUUCAGUCUUUGGAUGAUGGCCGUCCACUUGGAAAGUUCAACGUUACCUUUAACGAGUACCAAAAGAUUAUUCAGAUAGGAAUAAUGCUUCAAAACCAAUGCACUGAUCCUACUAAUGGCAGGUGCAAGUAUAAUAGAAAG